AUGUGGAGCGGGAAGAAAGAGGGAGGCAAGGGAGCGGAGGGAGGAGGAAUAAUAGGAUCGGUAGGUAAAAAGGGAAAAGAAAGAAGUGGAAGUCUAGGGAAUAUAGAAGAUCUACUGAAGAGGAAAAAAAGGGAGUUAGAGGAAAAAACGGGAGAAGGGAGCGGUGAGAUCUUUAAGAGAAGCAACAAGACAACGAGAUCACCGGAAAAAGGUGGUGAAGAGGAUGGAGAGAAGGAAGAGAUCAAAAGAUUGUUGCAAGAUAUGUGGCAAGAAAUGAGGGAGAUCAGGGAGGAAAUAAAGGAACAGGGAGAGAGGAUAAGAGGAGAGAUGGAGGAGAUAAGGAGAGAUUACAAGAUACAGAUGGAAAGGUGGAAAAGAGAGAAGAAAGAAAUGAUAGAGAACAUGGAAGAGGAAUGGGAUGUAAUAGUGUUAUCAGAAACAUGGAUGGAAGAGGAAGGAUGGAAGAAGAUGAGAAGGUACCUACCGAAAGGAUACGUAUGGGGAGUGCAAGGAGCAAGUAGAAAGAAGAAGAGAGGAAGAGCGAAAGGAGGCAUGAUUAUGGGGAUAAAAAAGGAGAUUGCAGAGAAGGGAGGAAUGAUGGAGCUGAGUAAGGAGGGCUUUGUGGUAGGAAGAAGUAAAGAUAGGGAAGGAAAAUGGAGGGUGAUAGGAGUAGUACGUAGGAGAAGAGGAGGAGGAGUUUACACGAUAAUAGGAGGAGAUUUUAAUGCGAGGACAGGACAAGAGGGGGGUAGAAUCAGAGAUAAGGAGAAUGCGGAAGAGGAGAGGAAAGAGGAAAAGAAAAGAAAGUCGAAAGACAAAUUAAUCAAUGCAGAGGGAAGAAAACUACUGGAAUUCAUGGGAGAAAGAGGUUGGAGCAUAAUGAACGGUAACACAAAGGGAGAUGAGGAGGGAGAAUGGACUUUUACAGGAGGAAGAGGGAACACGGUUAUAGAUUACGUAAUUGGGAAUGAGGAUAGCGGAGAGAAGGUGAGAAGGUUAAGAAUAAGAGACAAGGUGGACUCAGAUCAUCACCCAAUAGAAGUGGAGAUAGAAGGAUGGCAGAGAAGAGAGAGAAGAAAGUCGAGAGGAGGGAGGAGAGGAGUAUGGAAUGAGGAGGGCCGGAGGAUUUUUGAGGGAAAAGUGGAGGAGAUAGGAGAAAUAGGAGGAGGAGAGGAAGAGAUAGAUGGAGAAUGGGAAAGAAUAGAGGAGAGGAUGAAGGAAGUAUUAAGAGCAACAGAGGAGGACUGGAGGAAAGGAAAGAAGGAGAAAAGAGGAUGGUGGGAUGGGGAGUGCAGAGAGGAGAAAAGAAAG